AUUAUUUCUUCAGAUAAAGUUUCUGUUCCUUUCUCUCUCCUACUUCUAGGACCCUUAUAAUAUGAAUGUUUAUACUCCUGAUGUUGUCCCAGAGAUAUCUUAAACUAUCCUCAUUAAAAAAAAAUUCUUUUUUCUGUUCACCUUCAGUGAUUUCCACUACUCUGUCCUCCAAUUCACUGAGCUGUUCCUCUGUAUCAUCUGAUCUACUGUUGAUUCCUUCUAGUGUAUUUUUAUUUCAGUUAUUGUAUUCUUUAGCUCUGUUUGGUUCUUCUUCAUAUUUUCUAGCUUUUUGUUAAAUUUAUCACUAUGUUUCUCUAUUCUUCACCUGAGUUCGUUAAGCAUCUUUAUGAUCAUUACCUUGAACUUUUUAUUGGGUAGACUGCUUAUCUCCACCUCAUUUAGUUCUUUUUCUGAUGUUUGUCUUGUUUAUUCAUUUGGAAUAUAUUUCUCUGUCUCCUCAUUUUGCCUAAUUCUCUGUUUAUUUCUAUGUAUUCAGUAGAUUGGUUAUGCUUCCCAAUCUUGGAGAAGUGGCCAUAUUACAGACAUACUAUGGGGCCUAGCAGCACGUUCUCCUGUGGUCUUCAGAGACAUAUGCUUUAGGGGUACCCUUAUGUGGGCUGUGUGGGCCCUUCUUUAUGGUGGGGCUGACUGUUGUGGGUGUGCUAGUAGACAGGGUUUGACCUCCACACCCCCCAGCCAGGUUGGCUGCGAGGCUUACCUUGUGCAGUGGAUGCUGAGCUGCUUGUGGGUGGGGUAAGUCUCAACAUGGCUGGUUGUGUGGCCUUGUGGGUCCUGGGGCCAGUGUUGGCUCUCUGAUGGUCAGGGCUGUGUCCCUACUAGGCUGGCUGUGGGGCCAGGGAGGCUCGGGGCUGGCACUGGGUGGGCCGGUAAGUCCCUGGCACUAAUAAUCUAGCAGAUGGACUCCAAAGUGGUGCUUACCAGUUCCAGUGUCCUCAUGGUAGAAUGAGCUCCCCAAAAUGGCUGCCACCAGUGUUUAUGUCCCCAGGGGGCGUCCCACUAGCCUCUUGCCUCUUUGGGAGGCUCUCCAAGAUCAGCAAGUGGGUCUGACCCAAAUUCCUUUCAAAUUACUGCUUCUGCACAGGGAUUUGGAGUAUGUGAAAUUUUGCAUGUGCCCUUUAAGCUAUUUCCCAGAGCCCUCUGGCUCUCCCAUAUACAAGUUCUGCUGACCUGCAAAGCCAGUUGUUCUGGGGGCUCAUCUUCCCAGUGCAGGACCCCCUGGCUGGGGAGCCCAAUGUGGGGUUUGGAACUCUUGCUCCUUGGAGGGAACCUCUGUAGUUGUGGUUAUCCUUCCAGUUGUGGGUCACCUACCCCAGGGGUAAGGCUCCUGAGUUUACUACAUCUCCACUCCUACCCAUCUCAUUGUGAUUCUUUUUUUUUUUUUUUUUAACUUAUUUAUUUUUGGCUGUGUUGGGUCUUCACUGCUGUGUGCGGGCUUUCCCUAGCUGCGGUGAGCGGAGGCUACUCUUCGUUGUGGUGCGCGGGCUUCUCAUUGCGGUGGCUUCUCUUGUUGCAGAGCACAGGCUCUAGGCAUGCGGGCAUCAGUAGUUGUGGCACGUGGGCCUAAGUAGUGGUGGCUCACAGGCUGUAGAGCGCAGUCUCAGUAGCUGUGGCUCGUGGGCUUAGUUGCUCUGCUGCAUGUGGGAUCUGCCCAGACCAGGGAUCGAACCCAUGUCCCCUACAUUGGCAGGUGGAUUCUUAACCACUGUGCCGCCAGGGAAGUUCUCAUUGUGAUUCUUUAUAUAUUUAGUUGGGAAAUCUUUUCUGCUAGUCUUCAGGUCAUUCUCAUCAAUAGUGGCUCUGUAAAUAGUUGUAGUAUUGGUGUGCCCAUGGGAGGAAGUGAGCUCAGGGUGAGCUCACCUCUUCCUACUCCAUCAUCUUAGCUACACCUCCUCAUUUCUGGAAAAUCUUGAGUUUAUGAAAGCAAAAUGUCUGUUGAUAAUAUAGAUGGUAGUCAGGCGUGAGGAAGAGACAGUUGACCAUUGGCUCUUUGGUAUAGUUUGAGGAAAGGUUUUUGCCGCUGGAAAGCAGAGGAAAGAAAAAAUGAUGAGUCUCCAUUAGUAAGUUCAUGAUUAUGAUAGGAAUCUCUUGGUCUAAGCUAAUAACCUUCUUUGACACAUAAGGAAAUUGAGGCCUGGUGAGAGUAAGCCUUCUUACUUGAAGUGUUUAUUGAGCACCUAUGAGUAUAUGUUGUAAAUGCUUGGGAUUCAUUAAUGAACAAAACAGAGUUCUCUAUCUCAGGUGCUAAGGCCCCACCAGCAGGGGCAGGAUGGGUGUUGGAAGCCAGGUGUCUUAAAUGCCCAUUGCUGUAUUGCUCAGGGCCAAAAGGACCGUAGCUUUAAGGUUGUUUAAAAUUCAUGUAAUGUAACUAUUAUGACUGGAAACCAUCAGAGGUUUGCCUGGUUGAUUUGAGAGGUAUUGGGAGAUUAUGAAACAAUCCUUUUGCCUUGUGAAUCUGAUUGACCUCCAGGCCAUUGAUAAUAUCUGCUGACUACCUCCCUUAUCCCAACCCCCAAUCUUGUCUUGUCUUUUUCUUCUCUCAGGUUUUUUUCUACCCUGUAAAGGGGAGGGAGCCAGAGCUGACAGAGUGACCAUUGAACCUUAAAGGAGAAACAAACAUAGUGCCCUAGGGCCUAGGGCUGAUCUCAAUAUUCAUAAACCAGGACAGGACAAUCAUCUUCUCUUGACAGAUGAGGAAGAUGGGGUUCUAACAGGCUAAGGAAAACUGCCCACAGUCACAGAACAAAAAGUGGUGGAUUCCCAGUCCCUGAAGGUCCUAGGACAUGUGCCAAGUAAUUACUUGGUGGAGCCAUGGCAGAGGAAAUUCAAAGGGAUUCUCCAAGAAGCAGAAAGAUUUAAUCUCAUCAGCAAACCCUCACAAGGCUGAAGUUGUCCUCUCUUCACUCUCCUGUUGCCUGAAACCUUAAGUCAUUCUGCAGUGCCCUUUCAAAUUGGGACCCGCCUCAGUCCAUGUGGUAUUUCUAAUGAAAGCAGUGACUUCUGGGAGUCUACCUCGUCCCGUGCACCAAUACUCCCACUGGAUCCUGGCCACUACCUCAAAAUGAGGUGUCUCUAAUUCUAGAGUGGAAUCAGGAGGAUCCAGAUGCAUUGCCACUUAUAACUGGUAUAAAUUACAGCCCACAAGCAGAGGUGUGCAAGAAACAGUACAAAACUUUUUUUUAUAAUUCCACGUAAUUUGUAUUUUAAGCCUUGAUCCUGCUGGUGUCCUGUUUGGAUUUCCGCCAUCCCUAUUUGGAAGUCAUACAGGGCCAAGCUUUUGAGGAAGUGCGUGGAAGCAUGAUCAUUGUUGACUGGAGCCCACAGUUGUAAGUGUAGACGUCCAUCAGCUCGGGGGCCAUGCCUCCUUUAGGUUUGGUGGCUGCUGUGCCAGGCAUGGGACAGGUUGCCAUGAUUCUGCUUGUAUGCAUACUAUAGCCAUCUCCUUUUAGAGUUUUUGCCCCAUUUACCCCUCCAGCCACACUUGAGAGGCCUUUUCUCCUCUAGGAUUUGCAGACAUCUCUCUCUGACUUAAUUAGCACAUUUCAACACUCCAAUAGGGAAACAAGACAGUACCUAAUUUCAAAAACCUGCUUCUGUUAUGUUUCUGCUCAAGUAUCCUCUCUUUUCCAUGGAGUUUGCGAUUUUAGAAAUAAAAGCCAAGAUCUUCAUGCUAUUUCUGCUGUGCCCUGCCAGGCUCUUCCACUGGCCAGAGAACAUAGGGUCUGCUACCCACCUGAAUGCAGAAGGGAAAGGGUGAAAUAAAGGAAGAAAAGAAAAUAAACAGGAACAGAUUAACAUCUCAAAAUAUCCUGCCACAUUGGAAAGAUGUGAGAGUUGAAUUCACGGGAAAGGUUCUACUGGGAAAAAGGAAUUGUUCUUGAAAAUGGGGUCUGUGCUGUUGCAGAGACUGUUGAACCUAGGUCCACAGAAUGCUCUGAGGUCAUCCUUGAGGUCAGAGAACUCUGCUGUGGCCGUGGCAACCUUUGAAACUUAGCAGCCCUGGUGAGCGCUAGGCAGUACUGCCGGUUCACUAAGUGGUCUAAGUUCUUCAGCCAUUUAGGAGACUUGACUAUUUUUAUUUGUAUUGAAUCAUUUCAACGGAUUUCCCAAGAGCCAAGAAGGGCCAAGCUGUAGGGAAGAGGAGGAGUUGGAGGCGAGGCAUCUUCUAAGGGAGACUUCUAGUUGGUACGAUGAAACAGCGACAAAAGAGGAAACAUCUGGAAAAUGAAGAGUCCCAGGAAACUGCCGAGAAGGGAGGAGGAAUCUUGAAGUCACAAGAGGAUCCCCCUCCGCUUGGAUCCACUGUGGUGGCCCAAGGCUGCAGCCCAGGGUCAGGGGAGGUCUCCUCUGCCUCUGAAUACUUCUCCUAUGCUUCUUCUCCAUGCAAGCUCAUCUGCAGUGAAAUCCAGAGAUUACAUCGAGACACUGCCCAGCCUAGAGCACCCCUAGCCCAGGUUCAGGAACAAGGGGAGACCACUCCCCCAUCACAGUAUGUCUCCUUCUCAUCCUCUUCAUCCUAUGAGGACUCUCUGUAUACAGACGAAGAGGAAAGGGGCAUGAAAAUAUUCUACAUGCGGGUACAAGUGAACAAGGGUGUAGCUGUCUCCUGGAUGAUAGAGAAACCCUUGGAGUUGCUAGAAAAGCAGCUGAGGAGAGAAGAAGUGACCCUUCCUGAGCAUGUGUGGGUAGGCAAUGCCAUCUCUCAUGUGUCCACCAGAAACCUGUCUGACAGUGAGACCACUGGGGAGGAGAAUGAGUGUGAGGAAAGGGCAGAGCCAGACAGCCCAUCAAGGUCACCUGCAGUCAAGGAGACGCCCAGGGCCAAGACACCGGACUGGCUGGUGACCAUGGAGAUGGGCUUCAGGUGCAUGGCCUGCUGCCGGGUCUUCCCCACCUUGGAGAUCCUCCAGCAGCACGUGCAGUACAGUGUCCAGGACGGCUUCAGCUGCCAUGUCUUUCAUCUCGCCAUGUCCCAGCUGACGGACAAUGUGGAAUCCGAGAGCACCUCUGAGGAGGAGAAAGAGGAGCAAGAAGAAAAGGAGAAUGAGGGGCAGCAGCCCACGGGGGAAGACCUCUGCCCAAGGAGCUGGUGUCCAGUCUAUGUGUUUCAUUCUCCGAAGGACAGGAACAACUGAGAUUCAUGGGACAGAAGAUCCCGGAAGAUGGUGUGGCCUUCUCUUGGAAGAGGGAGAAGAAAGGACCCUCAGGAUAGUAGCAGACAGAAUGCCGUGGUCUGAAGGAGGAUGAAGGGACCAGCACUCAGU